GCCUGGGCAACUGCAGUCCAGGCUCCGCCCCUCUAAGUCCAUUGGCUUAUUCAAUUCACGCAGGAACCAAUGGGCGGAGACGGCAGCCGCGCCGUCUUGGGGCUUAGCCGCGGCCGGCUUAUGCAGUGUGCGGCGGCCGUGGUCUGAGCGAGUCCUAUCCAGGCGCUAAAACGGAGACGCAUCCCCCGACCCGAGGCUACGAUGAGCACCCCGGCCGUGCCCCAGGACCUGCAGCUGCCCCCGAGUCAGAGGGCCCAGUCCGCAUUCAAAGAGCAAAGAAGACAAAAACUCAAGGAACAUCUGUUGAGAAGAAAAACGCUUUUUGCAUACAAGCAGGAAAAUGAGAUGUUAUCCAGUAGUAGAGGUCGGAGAGUUGUGACAUCUGAGGACCAACUUCAAGAAGGGACUAAAGUGCUGAAACUUAAAACAAAAAUGGCUGAUAAAGAAAAUAUGAAGAGACCUGCAGAGAGCAAAAAUAAUACAAUAGUGGAGAAAAAUUGCAUUCCUUUAAAACCUUCAAAUGAACUAACCAAUUCAACUGUAGUAAUUGACACACAUAAAUCUAAGGAUAAUAAUCAGACUCCACAUUUGUUACUAACUGAAGAUGAUCCCCAAAGUCAACAUAUGACAUUAAGUCAGGCAUUUCACCUUAAAAACAAUAGUAAAAAGAAACAAAUGACUACAGAAAAACUAAAGCAAGAUGCUAACAUACCCAAGAAACCUGUGCUUGGAUCUUAUCGUGGCCAGAUUGUUCAGUCUAAGAUUAAUUCAUUUAGAAAACCUUUACAAGUCAAAGAUGAGAGUUCUGCAGCAACAAAGAAACUUUCAGCCACUAUCCCUAAAGCCACAAAGCCUCAGCCUGUAAACACCAGCAGUGUAACAGUGAAAAGUAAUAGAUCCUCCAAUAUGGCUGCCACUACUAAAUUUGUGAGCACUACAUCUCAGAACACACAACUUGUGCGACCUCCUAUUAGAAGUCAUCACAGUAAUACCCAGGACGCUGUGAAACAAGGCAUCAGUAGAACCUCUGCCAAUGUUACAAUCCGGAAAGGGCCUCGUGAAAAAGAACUAUUACAAUCAAAAACAGCUUUAUCUAGUGUCAAAACCAGUUCUUCUCAAAAUAUAAUAAAUAAGACACUAUCAAGAUGCAUAGCAUCUGAAGUUGUAACCAGGCCUGCUUCACUGUCUAAUGAUAAACUGAUGGAAAAGUCAAAGCCUGUUGACCAGCGAAGACAUACUACAGGAAAAGCAACUGUUGAUAGUAGAUCAGCUCAGCCCAAAGAAACCUCAGAAGAGAGAAAAGCUCGUCUGAGUGAGUGGAAAGCUGGCAAAGGAAGAGUGCUGAAAAGGCCCCCUAACUCAGUAGUUACUCAACAUGAGCCUGAAGGACAAAAUGAAAAACCAGUUGGGUCUUUUUGGACUACCAUGGCAGAAGAAGAUGAACAAAGAUUAUUUACUGGAAAAGUAAACAACACAUUUUCUGAAUGCCUGAACUUGAUUAAUGAGGGAUGUCCAAAAGAAGAUAUACUGGUCACACUGAAUGACCUGAUUAAAAAUAUUCCAGAUGCCAAAAAGCUUGUUAAGUAUUGGAUAUGUCUUGCACUUAUUGAACCAAUCACAAGUCCUAUUGAAAAUAUUAUUGCAAUCUAUGAGAAAGCCAUUCUGGCAGGAGAAGUUGUACGGUUUCUAGACAAGAAACAUCCAAACCACUAUCAAGUCUACAAUCUAUGCAGUAUGUACAUUACUCUAUUGUGUUACGAGGACAUAGACAAUUUAACAAAUGAGUCCCCUGACCCAUUAGCAGUGGGUUAUGAUGAGAGCAGGGCCGCAGAUGGGAAAAAAGCAAAAAAAACUCUUUAG